CUUCCAUUCACCAAUCAAAACAACAAUUAAUGAUGAAUCCUCUUCUUUCUACUGUUGUGCCGAGUCCAUUGCUACAAGUUUCCGACCCUAAUGGAGAACAACCAACGCCUGAAGAUGCGUCUCCGAUCUUGCAAGUACAUGCCAACACCUCGCUUCCAGCGACAACCCUAGAGGGAUCGACCUCCGGAUUGAAAGCUACGGAGAAAGUUGGUAUUCCAAUAGAUGUCCCAGACAGUCCCUUGAUCUCAGAAAAGGAAAUAGACGCUCCAGUAGAUGUUCCAGUAGCCCAGGUUGUUAUUGAGUCUCCGCAACGUGAGUCUCCGACUGACGCAUCAAUUCAUGCCAUCGCUGCUGGUGUUGCUGAUCCUUCUGGUCAGCGAGCCGCUGCUGUUCUUCCAAUUGGGGGGGAUAAUUCGGCUGCUGCUCUGAUUGCGGGAGUCGAAUCCUCAAGUGCUGCGCCAAUUAACGCUAACAAUGAAUCUCCACCGCUGGCAUUAACCGCUGCUGCUCUUUUUGCUCCAAUGAACGCGGGAGAAAAAUCAUCUUCUGCUCCUUCUUCGCCAUCAAUUGCUGUCCAACCUGAAUCCAAUCAUGAAGAAGCAACCUCAUCGCCGGUGUUGGAAGGCCGGCGGGACUCACCGGUGAUGAAGAGCUAUCAAGGGAAUCCACUAAUUCUGCAAUUGAGUAGCGCGUCAGUUGCGCUUGCGACUGUUACGCCUUCCGCAACUCUUGUGGCGUCAGCGGUCAAAAAUCUUAUCCCCCAAUUCAGCUGCCACAAUCCGAUCAGAGUACCUCAACUUUAA